CAGCUGUGGGUCCAGAAGGCCAAUUUCAGGAAUCCUCCACCAUGGCCUGGUCCCCUCUCCUGCUCACCCUCCUGGCUCACUGCACAGUAUCCUGGGCCCAGUCUGUGCUGACUCAGACACCCUUAGUGUCUGGGCCUCCAGGCCAGAGGGUCACCAUUUCCUGCAGUGGACACAGCAACAACUUUGGGAGUGGCUAUUCUGUGCACUGGUACCAACAGCUCCCAGGGAUGGCCCCCAGACUUAUCUAUGAAGAUACUGAACGACCCUCAGGGGCCCCUGAUCGAUUCUCUAGCUCCAGAUUUGGAACCUCAGCGUCCCUGACCAUCUCAGGGCUCCAGGCUGAGGAUGAGGCUGAUUAUCACUGCCAGUCCUGGGAUGGCAACACUGAUGUUCCCACAGUGCUCUGGACCAGGGGGAAACCUGUGCUGACCCAGCCACCCUCCCUCUCUGCAUCUCCCGGAGGAUCUGCCAGACUCACCUGCACCCUGAGCAGCAACUUUGGACUUAUUAACAACAACAUGAGCUGGUACCAGCAGAGGCCAGUGAACCCCCUACAGUAUCUCCUGAGGUUCAAGUCAGACUCAAACAAGCACCAGGGCCCUGGGGUCCCCAGCCACUUCUCUGCCUCCAAAGAUGUCUCAGCCAGUACAGGUGUUCUGCACAUCUCGGGGCUGCAGCCUGAGGAUGAGGCUGAUUAUUACUGUGUUACAUGGCGGGACAGCUUAAAUGAUCACACGGUGCCCAGACACAUGGGGAAGUGA